CAUUCCUCUUUAUCUGUGCUUUUGCUGUUGUUGUGGAAAUCUGCUUAGUGCGUUUACUGUGUAGUGGGUCUUGUCUAUAAGAGUUUCUGAUGGGACCAGUGAGUGGCAAGAAGAAGAGGAGGAAGGCAAAGCAAGAUGCUUUUGUUUCCACUCCGGAGGAAGAAGAGGAUCCCAACGAUUGGUGGGACAAGUUCUCCAAGAGAAUCAGUACUGGGACGUUGUCUAUGUCAAAGGUUUCAGAUAAAUUUCAAUCUAUCUUCAAGAUCUCAAGACGUACAUUUGGAUACAUCUGUUCCCUUGUGAAUGAAGACCUGCUGGCUAACAGUUCCCUUGGAAGAAAUAGCAAGAUCUUGUCUGUAUAUGACCAAGUUGCUGUGGCUCUUAUAAGGUUAGGCUCUGGUGAUUCACUUACAAGGAUUGGUGAUUCAUUGGGGUUGAGCCAAUCAACCAUUGGCCAAAUCACCUGGCGGUUCGUGGAGUCAAUGGAAGUGAGUGGUCUCAAACACCUCAAAUGGCCUUCCACAGAACAAGAGAUGACACAAAUAAAAACUAAGUUUAAGAGAAUUAAGGGCUUCCCUAACUGUUGUGGUGCAAUUGAUAGCACUCACAUCAUGAUUCGUUUGCCCAAAGCUGAAACCUCUAAUGAAAUAUGGCUUGAUUCUAAGAAGAAUCACAGUAUAGUUUUGCAAGCAAUAGUAGACCCUGAUAUGAGGAUCAGAGAUAUCUCCAUUGGAUGGCCAGGAAGCAUGAAUGAAUCGACAAUUCUACAACAUUCAGGCUUCUUCAACCUUUGUCAAAGAGGAGAAAGACUGAAUGGGGAGAGUAUAGAGCUUUCUAAUGGAUCACAAGUGAGGGAAUACAUAGUUGGAGAUGUGGGUUUUCCCCUCCUUCCUUGGCUUAUCACACCCUACCAUGGGAGAGAGCUUUCGGAGACCGAUUUCGAGUUCAACAAACACCACUUAGCAACCAUGAUGGUGGCACAAAGAGCAUUGGUAAGGCUUAAGGAAAGGUGGAGGAUUGUUCAAGGAGUGAUGCACAAAUCUGAUCAAACAAAUAAAUUGGCAAGGAUGGUUUUUGUUUGUUGCAUUCUUCAUAACAUUCUUAUUGAUUUAAAGGAUGAAGUUCAAGACAAAAUACCCUCAUCUCACUACCAUGACAGUGGUUACCAGAAGGAGUUCUGCAACUCAGUUGAUCAGAAUGGUUCCAUCCUUAGGGACAAGCUGUCUCUCUAUUUGUUUGGUAGACUAUCACCAUGAAACAGAAGUUCAUAUGCUUACUUCAAUAAUAUAUUUAAGUCGCUAUGUUUGAAUUUGGCAUUGUAAGUGUUUUUUUUAUCCCCCACAAGGGAAAACUAAUACCUGAGGUCUGUCUUCUCACCCUGUAGACAAUGUUUUAAAUGGUAUUGUCAUGGUUGAAUUGAGUACCUGACAAUAUUUUUGUUUACUUUAUGUUACAAGAGUGGGGCUAGCCGAGUUGGCAAGGGACAUGUGCC